CACACUACUGUUUUACCAUGUAGCGGUGUAGCUAACUACUGGAACUACACACUACUGUUUUACCAUGUAGCGGUGUAGCUAACUACUGGAGCUACACACUACUGUAGUUUGGAUGUAGGGAGCUACUAAUUUUUAAGGUACCUUGAGUAAAUGGAAAGAUUCACCCAUUUUGAAUGUGAUAUUGUUUUUGUGCGUCUCUGAGCGAUGUUCUAUCGAUUCCCGCGGUCAUUUCAUGCUUUCAUGUGUAUCUGAGCUAUUCGCCCUGUUCAAGAAGGCAGAAAUGCUGCCGUUUCAAGAACAGUAGAGAUCACUUUCGUUCCCUGAACCGGUACCAGCCCCUGAAUGGUAUGCUGUGUGUAUGUGUUCCAAGUUCAGGUAUGGGUGGUGUCAUGGAGGAGGAGGUGGUGCGGGGGUGCCUGAGGAGGUUCCUAGAGGAUUUCCCUGCUCCGCUGGGUCCUGAAGACCCCCUGCCUCUCAACCCCCUCAGCAGGAAGGUCACCCUGGACGAACUAAGAGGAGAGAGCCUGGAUCUGGGCUUACGCCUACUCAACACCAGAGACGCUCCUUCAACACUGAAUGCAGCCAUGUGCCACGCAGCCUUGGCUGAGCUGCUGAAGGCUGACCUUUCACCUUUCCACCUCCCCCAGGAAACCGAACAGCAGCAAGGAGAGGAACAGGAAGUUGUUUUGCUCCAAUCGGAGCACGUCCAGCGGCUGUUUCUCAAUAAGCUUCGAGAGGUGGGUGUGGCUUGGCAUCAGAAUCUCCCCUCCCCUCUCCCAAUAGGACCCUCCCGUUUCCUCAUGUGCUCCGCCCACGCCAUCAGGAACACUCGAAGGAAGAUGGAGGAUCGCCAUGUGACCCUCCCUGACUUCAACACACUCACUGGCCUCAAGGACGGUGUGGAGCGUGGUUACUAUGCUGUGUUUGACGGGCAUGGCGGUGUGGACGCUGCUAUCUAUGCUGCCACCCACCUGCACGUCACUCUCAGCCAGCAGGAGGAGCUGCAGAGCGACCCGGCCACUGCCUUCAAGACAGCCUUCACUCGCACUGAUGACAUGUUGAGAGGGAAAGCCAAGAGAGAGCGUCUUCGCAGCGGCAGUACAGGUGUGGCGGUGCUGCUGCAAGGGGAGUGGCUUCAUGUGGCGUGGCUGGGAGACUCCCAGAGCAUGCUGGUCCGACGAGGACAAGACAUCACUCUGAUGGACCCACACAAGCCUGACAGAGAGGAUGAGAAGCAGCGUGUAGAAGGCCUGGGUGGAUGCAUCGUCUUCAUGGGCUGUUGGCGUGUCAAUGGAACCUACGCCGUCUCUCGGGCCAUAGGGGACUUUGACCAGAAGCCCUAUGUCUCUGGCGACGCUGACUGUUCCUCCACACGGCUACACGGAGACGAGGACUACAUCCUCCUGGCCUGCGACGGUUUCUUUGACGUCGUCCGGCCCGCAGAGGUCCCGGCUCUGGUUCUCGGGGCGCUACGGGAGCAGGGGGAACCCCAGGGGGCCGUGGAGGGGGCCGGGUGUGAAGAGAUCUCAGAGGGUGUACUAGGGGAGCGAGUGGCCCAGGAGCUAGUAGCUCACGCCAAGGCAGCGGGCUCUAGUGAUAACAUCACUGUCAUGGUGGUGUUUCUAUGUCCUCCUGCACAGCUACUGCUCCAGGACCAGAGCAACAUCGCUGUUGCUACUGAGGGGCCAGCCCAGGAGUAGGGUAAAGUUGUCCCUAGGCACUGAUCUGGGGUAAGUUUUGUAUUAAUGGUUAAGGUUAGAAUUGGGGGGAGGGGGGAGGGGGGGAUCACCGCUGAUCCUAGAUCUGUACCUAGGGGAAACUUCACCCCGGAGUGCCAGCCCAGGCCUCCAACUCCCAGAACACACAGGGGCAGUGAGACAGGAAGUCUGCUGCUGCUACCCACAGUGCAUGUGGGCAGGAAUUGGACUGGAUUUAAAAGGCAGUAUUUAUUAUGUAAUGACGGGACGGUGCCAAACUUCUCGGUCACUGCGUGUUGUGGUCAGCCUUUUGAAUCAACACUGGUGCUGAAACAGAUAUUCAACUGGACUGGAGAAGCUCUGUUCAUAACAAAACAAGUCUUAGCACAGACUAAUAGUUUCUACUAUGGUUCUGCCAAUGGUCAGAAUCCAGUGUGCUUCAAUAAGGUCCUUCUGGAUUCGUCAGGAGACGUAAUGCAGAGCUGCCCAACCCUCUUCCUGAAGAUCUACUGUCAUCUAGGUUUUCAGUUUAACCCUCUUCCUGGAGAUCUACUGUCCUGUAGGUUUUCAGUUUAACCCUCUUCCUGGAGAUCUACUGUCCUGUAGGUUUUCAGUUUAACCCUCUUCCUGGAUAUCUACUGUCCUGUAGGUUUUCAGUCCAACCCUCUUCCUGGAGAUCUACUGUCAUCUAGGUUUUCAGUCCAGCCCUCUUCCUGGAGAUCUACUGUCAUCUAGGUUUUCAGUCCAACCCUCUUCCUGAAGAUCUACUGUCAUCUAGGUUUUCAGUUUAACCCUCUUCCUGGAGAUCUACUGUCAUCUAGGUUUUCAGUUUAACCCUCUUCCUGGAGAUCUACUGUCCUGUAGGUUUUCAGUUUAACCCUCUUCCUGGAUAUCUACUGUCCUGUAGGUUUUC